AUGGAUGUAAUAUUUCACAAUGGUUCUCUCUUUUCCUCUACAGCAACAGCAGCUCAGGUUCGCUUUUUAAUUCACAGUUCCAAAGCCAACUCAGGCUCAUCAUCCCCUGCAGUUGUGAUAAUUCUUAUGGUAAUCAUGGUGUUACUUUUAAUAGCAGUGGUCUUUUCUAUCAUGAAAAUAUAUGGGGAAAAACUUGUUGACAUGAUCACGGAGUUUUGGGAACGUGGUUCCACAGACGAUGAAAUGGACAAAAUGGAAGCUGGAAAGUUAGAGACCAAAACUCUUUUGACAGAGAGUAUGAAAAAGAGAAGACGCAAGUCCAGAGCAAUCCCUGAAGCAAACACCAGCACCUCAAGUUCUGAUGAGGAUGAGAAUGCAAAACAGACCAGACAUACUGAGAGACCCAAACCCAAAAAAAAGAAACCACGACCGCAAUCGGGAGGGUUUACCAGUGAGGAUGGUAGCAGUGGAGAAUAUCAGACAGGUCUGCCUACUGUGGUUAAUCCCACCAAGGAAUGGAAGCAAAAAUCUGGUGGGUUUUAUGAGGAUAGCUUUGACACAGAUGAGAGUGGCCACUCUACAGUUGUUGACCUGGAAGAUUAUCUCAAGGACAAACUGAAGGAACAAAGGCGGCAAUCAUGUGGGUUUACCAAAGGAGAAACCAGCAUUGCUGCAAAUGAGAGUACUCUUUCUACUUUGUUUGGUUUGGAGAAUUACCUGAAGGAAAAGAUGAAGGAGGAGAAAGGACAGCUUUGUGACCUUGAGGAAGCAAACAGCAGCAUUGAAGAGGACUGGAAGUUUACCACUGUUGAACUUUACCUGGAUUAAACUUUACUGAUA